CCCUAAAACCCUUUCCCCGCCGCCUCUCUCUCUCUCUCUCUCUCUCUCUUCUCUUCUCCUCUCUCCACGCCUCUCCUCUUUUUCGCAUCCCCUUCUCGAUUGCGCGAAGAUGCCGAAGCAUUACAGGCCCCCGGGCAAGAAGAAGGAGGGGAACGCUGCCAAGUACAUCACGAGGACGAAGGCGGUGCGAUAUCUCCAGAUCAGCCUCCAGGCUUUCAGGAAGCUAUGCAUCCUCAAGGGGAUCUUCCCACGGGAGCCGAAGAAGAAGGUCGAAGGGAAUAACAAGACAUAUUACCUCAUGAAGGAUAUCCAGUUUCUUGCUCAUGAGCCUCUGCGUCAGAAGUUUUGGGAUAUGAGGGCUCACGAUAGAAAGAUAAGGAAGGCUGAAGCAAGGAGGAACAGGGAUCUUGCAGACAGGCUGGUAAAUCGCCGGCCAAGUUACAAGCUUGAUAGGCUUAUCCUAGAAAGGUACCCAACUUUUAUUGAUGCACUGCGGGACUUGGAUGAUUGCCUCACGAUGGUUCAUCUAUUUGCAGCAUUGCCUGCUGCUGAACGUGAACACAUUCAAGUGGGGCGUAUCCACAACUGUAUGAGGUUAAGCAAGGAAUGGCAAGCCUAUAUUGCUAGAACCCAUAGCCUUCGAAAGACGUUUGUAUCUGUGAAAGGCAUAUAUUAUCAGGCUGAGGUUGAGGGUCAAAAGAUCACAUGGUUGACGCCACAUCCACUGCAACAAGUACUUCCGGAUGAUGUUGACUUCAGAGUCAUGCUCACGUUUCUUGAGUUCUAUGAGGCUCUUCUAGGUUUCGUGAACUUCAAGCUUUAUCAUUCUAUAAAUGUGAAAUAUCCUCCUAUUCUGGAUCCUCGGCUUGAAGCUUUAGCAGCUGAGCUUUAUGGUUUAUUUCGAUACAUAUCUGCUAGCUCUGGAAGAAUGUCUGCGGAUUCUCAUGCCAUCGUAUCUAGUGGAGACAAGAAACAAGUUGAGGAUGACAAAAUGGACACAGGGAAUGAUGAAUCUGAGUUUGCUGAGCUCCAGCAUCAGGUUCCGGCUAACGAACCGGGUGCCUUAAUGCAUCUCGUGGAGGAUGCUACUGCAGCAGAUGAAGAGGAUGAGGAUACAAAGGAGUGCAAAAAUCUUUUCAAAAAUUUGAAGUUCUUCUUAGGUCGUGAGGCUCCCAAAGACUCGCUCUUAUUUAUAAUUCCUGCUUUUGGAGGAGUGGUUUCUUGGGAGGGGGAGGGAUCUCCGUAUGAAGAGGCAGAUGAAGACAUCACUCAUCAGAUUGUCGACAGGGCAACACAAGGCCAUAUUUUUCUUUCUAGAGAAUAUGUUCAACCACAAUGGGUGUAUGAUUGCGUAAAUGCCCGGAUCAUUUUACCGACAGAGGGAUAUUUGGUUGGAAGGGUUCCUCCACCACAUUUAUCUCCUUUUGUUGAUAAUGAGACUGAGGGCUAUGUUCCUGAAUACGCAGAGACAAUAAAGAGACUCCAAGCUGCUGCUAGAAAUCAAGUUUUACCAAUGCCAGGUGUUGAUAACCAAGAUUUAGACAACCCUCAGAAUCUUUUGGCUGAAGGAAUUAUUGAUCGAGCCCAAGCUAAUGAAGCUGCUGAGAAGCAGCGAAAGUUGGCGAUUCUUGAGAAGCAGUACCAUGAUGAGUUGAAGAUGGAAGUUGAAGGAACUUCUUAUUCUUCUUUGUCAAGCAAGAACUUGGAGAAGCCAUCUGAAGAUGUGGAGGAAGAUACUACUGCGGAUACGGAUAACAUUGAAGAGCAUGCUCUUAACCUUGCGAAGGUUUCUAUGUCACGUAAAAAGAGGGGCAUUUUGGAGGCUAUUCAGAUCCACAAGGAAAGAAAGAAAGCGAAGGUUGAUAUUCUCAAAGAAAGGAAAAGAAAAGCAAAUUCUCGCAAAAGCGGGUAACUGUGGAAAAGCCUGGUCGGUCUCGAGCUAAGUGAUGUAACUUAUCAACACGGUUUCAUCCAAAAUUUAUUCAGAGUUUAUCGAAUCCGAUAACCUUGCUGUUUCGACAAAAUUUUGACGGUAAUACUAAGAUCUUAUUAAGCAAGGAAAUUUGGGUAUACUGUGUACUGUACAUUCAUAGAUUGCUGGAGCUUUGUGCCUCAGCAGGAGGGCACUAUGUAGUGUGCCUGGGGCUUCCGCCGCCAUGGGGAUCGAAAAUUCGAACUUAUUUUUGGUUGCAAUGCACCUGACUAGGGUCUCUGUGUGGGUGAGUCGGCUUGCGAGUUAUAAUCAUUUUAAAUUUUAGCUACUUACUGGACAU